CACUAGCUACUGGCUUAGCACUUCGAAAUAGUACCUGCAGUUUUAGAAAGAGAUGGCAGCCGUUCUCCCUUCCGUACCGCCGGCGUUCCCUCGACCGCCAACAGCGGACAAACCAUGUCGCUAUUGAUCUGCCAGAAAAACCCAGGUGGCCAUCGGAGGUAUCUUAUCACCCGUCUUGCGGAAAAACACACUUGAAGGAUGCAUGGACAAUGGUGAAAAACUCCCCCGAAGGAACCUGCCAUUGCUUGCGAGCUCACUCAACCUGUUGUGCAGCAAUUCCAAAUCUCUGAACCAAGGCCAACAAAUUCAUCAGCAUGUCAUUGCAUCAGGGUCUAGUGGUAUCCAAUUCGUGGUAACUAAGCUGAUCCAAUUGUAUGCGGAUUGCGAUGAUCUGGAUUCUUCGAGGAAGCUGUUUGAUGUAUUUCCGAAGCCAAAUGUGUUUGCCUGGACAGCUAUUCUCGGGUUCUUCUCAAGGAAUGGGAUGUACGAGGACUGUUUGGAGAACUAUGGGUUGAUGAAGUCUCAAGGAGUCUCUGAGGAUCACUUGGUGUUCCCAGAAGUUAUGAAAGCCUGUGCUCAGUUGACAUGGUUGGAUGGAGGGAUGUGGGUCCAUGGAGGUGUGGUUGUUUAAGAUCACGAGCGAAACUUUCAUGUGUGCAAUGCUUUGAUCGACAUGUAUGCGAAGUGUGGAAAUGUGUUGAGUGGGAGGUUGGUUUUUGAAGAGAUGGCAGAAAGAGAUUUGUUUACUUGGAAUUCAAUGAUUUCUGGGUUCAUUGGUAAUGGGUUGCUAGAUUCAGCUUUGCAGCUCUUUGGUGGUCUGAAAUUGGAGGGUAUUAAGCCUGACGUAAUUACAUUUAACAUGUUGAUGGAUGCUUAUUUUCGGAUGGGGCUGUGUGAUGAAGCUUCAAAAGUUUUUGAACAGAUUGAAGCUCCUGAUAUAAUUUCAUGGACCACUCUAAUAUCUGGUUAUUCUCGAGCUGGCAAGUAUGCUACAUGUUUGAUAAUUUUCAAAGACAUGGUGAAUGGAGGAGGGAUUUUUCCUGAUGUAGAUUCCCUUUCACUUAUCCUUGUUUCGUGUCGCCAUCUGCCUGCUUUAAUGUGUGGGAAGGCCAUCCAUGGUUAUGGAAUCAAAACUCAACAACCUGGUGGGAGAUUUUACAGAUCAGCUGGUCCGGAUUUAAUGACAAUGUAUGCUAGAUGUGACUCUUUUCAUUAUGCUAGAACUGUGUUUGCACUAAUGGACAGAUCACAUGUUGUUGCCUGGAACACAAUGAUUCUGGCUUUUGUAGAAUCUGAGUCAAGGGAUUUAGCACUCGAAUGCUUUGGUGAGAUGCAAAGAUCAUAUAUCCGGAAUGAUCAGACAACCAUAUCUACUGUUUUACCAGUUUGUGAUUUGAAGCAUGGAAAGCAAAUUCAUGCCUACGCCACGAAACACUAUUUCCAUACGAGUGUUGCAGUUUGGAAUUCAGUCAUACACAUGUAUUCCAUGUGUGGGAAAAUUGAGGCCGCAUACUCAGUGUUUACAACAGCGAAAACCCGAGAUUUAGUAACAUGGAACGCAAUGAUCAGAGGAUUUGGCAUGCAUGGGCUUGCACAGGCUGCUUUGAAUCUUCUCAGGACAUGAAGCGGGUUGGAGUUCAUGCUGAUGCUCUCACAUUUACUUCGGUGCUAUCAGCCUGUCAUCAUUCAGGCCUUGUAGAAGAGGGCAUUGAACUCUUCGAGAGCAUGACCGGAGAAUAUGGAUUUGUCCCCACGAUGGAACAUUACUCCUGUGUUGUCAACAUGCUAGCACGUGUCGGUAGGCUAGAAGCUCCAAUCAAUUUCAUUCAUCAAAUGCCCCUGGAGCCUGAUAAGUCUGUUUGGGGGGCCUUACUGACAGCCUGCCUUGACCAGCAGAAUGUAGAGGUUGGAAAGCUUGCUGCUGAAAAGUUAAUCCAACUGGAACCUGGACGCGCAGGACAUUAUGUGGCUUUGUAUAGUAUAUACGCAGAGGCUGGAAGAUGGGACGAUGCUGUAAAGGUGAGAAAGGAAAUGGAAGGCCGAGGGUCGGUUAAGCCCUCAGGACAGAGUUGGAUAACUAUCGGGAACUGAAGUUAAGUUAAAUUCAGUGAAUGACAGCUUCACCACAGUUCAUGGAGAAAACCGUCUCUGGAACAGCUUUGCUAGGAAAAGAAAACGCAAUGGAUGGUAUCCAAGAGUGCUCCAUCACGUCGGGUAACGAGGUGAGUAUUGACAAAAAUAGUUGAGGUUAUCAAUUAAUAUAGUGCCUGACUGAUAUGUGAUCUAGUGGCAUGAUUCUACCCCAAAAAAGAAACUAGUGGCAUGAGUUUUCACAAAAACAAAAAUGGCACUAGUUAUAGAUGUCACUAAAAACUGCACAACCUUGUCAAACUAAUUAUCAGGCAUGUCCAUGCUUUGUAGUAAUGUAGAAACACUUUACAGUUUACACUGAAACCUGUGAAAAGAAUCAAAAUUAACUUCAAUUAUAAUUCUUUUCAGGUUCUUGAAAUAUUGACGGAUGUUAUAAUCUAGUUCCUGUAUCGGCGUUCACAAGAGUUCCCUCCCAACCAGCACAACUCUAUUAUCUAUUACUGCUAUGGGUUCAUUUAAAGACUUCAGAGCAAGUGAGGAAGAUAGUAGAAAACUGCAUGCAGAACAAGAUUCAUCCUGCACACCGCAGAAAGGUGCAAUUCAUAUGUUUCCGCUGUGGUUCUUUGGUGUCUAUCUGUCAGACAAAUUCUGUCUGCUUAUGUGCGGGUUUCUUUCUUAUGAAAGGAUGAUUACAUUCAAUCCUUGAUUUCUUUAUAUCUGCGAUGUAGGUUCUUAUAAUGAAGAAAGACAUCAAGAGAAAAUCCAGCACUGAAAAAUGAGAGCCGGGACAUAUCUUCUUUCUGAAGUAUGCUGACCAUCUCCAACAAGCUAAUCAUAAAUUGCAACUCCACGAUGACAAGCUACGCUCUAUUAUGCCUAUUAUUGUUUAGAAUACAUUUCGUCCCUGGAACAGUUCCUCUUCACUCUUGCAAUGACCCUUUCUGAUUUUGGAGCAAAAGUAGAAAGAUACUGGAAAUCAGAGAGGUGGUGAGAAUGUAAUGUAGAGAAACUUAUACCAGUAUCAUCUGGAGAACAAUCAAAGGGAAAGAUCAUAGCAAGCAAGAGGAAAUUGGUCAGUUUUCGACUGCUUCUUUCGUCACGUUUUCAAGAUCAUGUUCGCAUGCACCAUUUUUCUUAUCCCAUAUGCUCUAAAGUCUAACUUAUGUAACUGAACAAGUCUCAAAUGCGUGUUGAUUAGUCUUCCCCCUCAUGUAACAAACACAAAAUAUCAGA